AGAAUCAUUUAUGUUUAUUUCAUUACCUAGCUCCCUCUCUCUUCUUAUUUUUUUAAUAUUAUGUACAUAUAUAGGCUGGAACAUGGGCUAGAACUCUUUCGUCUUCUUAUCUCCACGGAUUUUCUGGUUGCUUGUUGGCUUUUUAUAGAAUCCGAAAAUAAGGUGACAAUAGGCGGCUUCUUAACAAACUUUUCAAAUUAUGGGCUGAGUAUAGUCAAAUUUUGUUUUCUUUAAAUUAAAAGAGUGUGAAGCAAGAAAAUCAGAGCAUUCUUAUUUUUCUAAGUUGGUGAAUAUUUUCGUACUCGCAUUAUGAAGAUUUUGGUUGGGUUCUUUGUUUUGUUCUUGGUGAUGGGGACAGCUUUGGUUUGCUCUGUUUCCUAUGGCAAGGGAGGCACUUCAUCCACUUCUGGAAUGUCCUUGACAUGGCGAGGAAAUGAGUUGACAAUGAGGAUAAAAAGCAGAAAGCUACAGGGCAAUGGCUAUGGACCAAGAACCGAUGAUGAUGAUGAGGAGGGUGAAGCAGGGAAGAUAAACCUGGAAGAUUACCGUCAUCCGAUGGAUCCAGUUCCAAGCUCAAAAGCUUAUGUAAGACCUGGUCCUAUACAGCACGGGACACCUCUCAUGCCUUAUAUUCCCAAGCAGCCUUCACCUCCUCCCAGUCGCUCCAAGCCUGUUGGGUUUCCAUAAGCUUGUCAUCGUACAAAUAAUGUGUACUGGUCACUUUUUGGUCAUGUUUUUUGAAAAAAAAUCUACUAUUCCGGAGUGUCAAAUUUCUCAAGUGAAGUUACAGGUUCUUAUCCUGAAGUUUUUUUGUGAAUUUUGAAACUUCAGUAUAAGGGUUAUUUUGCAAUUAUAAGGACUGAAAAGUGACUAUUUGUGAACUUUUCCUUGUUUUUAUCCCAGUAUCAUUCCCACGAAAUGGCUGUGCUUUAAGUUAGAAGAAUGUAAUAAUUUCGAAAGAACCAUGUCUCUUUAUUUGUUUUCUUUUGUUGUAACAAGUUAAUUUCGCUUGUGAGUUUGCAAUUGCAUAAUUGAUACACCAUUUGUUUCCUUUUACGUGAUACUAUUAUUA